GAUCCUGCCCUCUGCCUACUGUGGACAUGUGCAGGGGGCCCACCCCUGAGUCCAGAUGACACUCAUGCCGAUGGCUUCAGUGAUGGCGGUGACUGAACCGAAAUGGGUCUUGGUGGCAGGCCGCUUCCUGUGGGUGGCACUGCUGAGUAUGGCGCUGACAUCCCUGCUGGCCCUGCUGUUGCCACUGGGAGCCAUGGAGGAGCAGUGCUUGGCCAUGCUCAAAGGCUUCUACCUGCUCAGGAGCAAACUGGACGGGACACAGCAGGCCAUUGCCAUUAAGAGCCCAUCCACAGAGCUCAGUGUCACUUCCAGGGAUGCGACACUGCUGGUGGUCAAGACCAAGGCCUUUCCAGCAGGUAAACUGGAAGCCAAGGCAGCCCUGAACCAGGCCCUGGAGAUGAAGCGCCAGGGCAAGCGGGAGAAAGCCCAGAAGCUCUUCCUGCAUGCCCUCAAGAUGGAUCCGGACUUCGUGGAUGCGCUCAAUGAGUUUGGCAUCUUCUCGGAGGAAGACAAGGACAUCAUCCAGGCAGACUACCUGUACACCAGAGCACUGACCAUCUCACCCUACCACGAGAAAGCGCUGGUCAACCGGGACCGGACGCUGCCGCUGGUGGAGGAGAUCGACCAGAGGUACUUCAGCAUCAUCGACAGCAAAGUGAAAAAGGUCAUGUCCAUCCCCAAGGGAAACUCGGCGCUGCGCAGGGUCAUGGAAGAGACCUACUACCACCACAUCUACCACACGGUGGCCAUUGAGGGCAACACUCUCACUCUGUCAGAAAUCAGGCACAUCCUGGAGACCCGCUAUGCUGUGCCUGGGAAGAGCCUGGAGGAGCAGAACGAGGUCAUCGGCAUGCACGCGGCCAUGAAGUACAUCAACGCCACCCUAGUGUCCCGGAUUGGCUCUGUCACCAUCAGCGAUGUGCUGGAGAUCCACAGGCGGGUGCUGGGAUAUGUGAACCCGGUGGAAGCCGGCAGGUUUCGGACGACACAGGUCCUGGUCGGACACCACAUCCCUCCCCAUCCGCAGGAUGUGGAGAAGCAGAUGCAGGAGUUCGUCCAGUGGCUCAACUCCGAGGAUGCCAUGAACCUGCACCCAGUGGAGUUUGCAGCCUUGGCCCAUUAUAAACUUGUCUAUAUCCACCCUUUCAUUGACGGCAAUGGGAGGACCUCCCGCCUGCUCAUGAACCUCAUCCUGAUGCAGGCAGGCUACCCGCCCAUCACCAUCCGCAAGGAGCAGAGAUCCGAGUACUAUCAUGUGCUGGAAGUUGCCAACGAGGGCGACGUGCGGCCUUUCAUUCGCUUCAUUGCCAAGUGCACUGAGACCACCCUGGACACCCUGCUUUUUGCCACGACGGAGUAUGCAGUGGCGCUGCCAGAAGCCAAACCUAACCAUUCUGGGUUCAAGGAAACGCUUCCUGUGAAACCCUAACCCUGUAAAUCCUCCCUUGGUGGCCUGGGAUGUCUUGAGGGGGGUAAAAAAAAAAAACUCAAAGAAACUUAGCAUUUCUAGAAACCUAGUCGUUUCCCAAAGCAACAAGAGACCUUAAAUAUCCUUUACCUUGUUUUGUUUU